GGAAAGCAGAAAACUUCCGGUGUGACACCAUUAACUUCCGGUUCACUGGAUGUGGUAAACAAAUAAUGAAUUUAAGCCACAUUCACAUUCAUAAGUAUUGCCAAUAAGUACCCAAAGUUAUGGCACGACAUGCAAUCCUGUCAUUGGGAGAAAAAGUGUGGAAAUCUAUAGCCUGUGAGAAGUCAGGACUGCGUCUGGAUCUCACUCUUGCUUGUGGACAAUCAUUCCGUUGGAGAGAGACAUCCGAAGGCCACUGGACUGGAGUAUUUGGAGGACGAGUGUGGACUCUAACCCAGACAGAAGAUACUUUGUGGUACCAUGUGUACGACAAAAAUGGUGGCGUUUCCCACAGUGAGGAAAACAAGCCACAGAUGAAAUUAGGAGGGAUUGUAAAGAAGGAAGAGAAGGAGUCAGUGUCUGUAACCAUCCAGAAUGACGACGAAGAAGAAGAGGCAAUGCUGAGAGAUUACUUCCAGCUGAAUGUGAAUCUGGAGGAUCUGUACAGGAAAUGGGGAGCAGCAGACCCCCAUUUCAAGAAAAUUGCAGACAUCUUUACUGGGGUGCGAAUGAUCCGCCAGGACCCCACCGAGUGUCUCUUUUCAUUCAUUUGCACUUCCAACAACCAUAUCUCUCGGAUCCAAGGAAUGGUGGAGAGGCUGUGUCAGGCCAGGGGGGACCUGCUCUGUCAGCUGGAUCAAACAUAUUACUACGACUUUCCUUCUUUGUCUGCAUUAGCAGACAGCAGUGUCGAAGCUUGCCUGAGGGAACUUGGCUUUGGAUACAGAGCUAGGUUCCUGCAAAAUAGCGCAAAGCAGAUUUUGGACAACCAUGGUCCUAAUUGGCUUGAAGGUCUACGCAAUGUCCCAUAUGUGGAGGCCCGUGAUGCCUUGCGUGCCCUCCCUGGAGUGGGCACUAAGGUGGCCGAUUGUGUAUGUCUGAUGUCCUUGGAUAAGGCUGACGCCGUGCCAAUUGACACACACGUGUGGCAGAUUGCUAAGCGUGAUUAUAAAUACACUACUGUCAAUGAACCAAAAAGCAUCACUGAAAAACUUCACAAAGAUAUUGGGGAUUUCUUCAGGAAGCUGUGGGGUCCUUAUGCUGGCUGGGCGCAGUCUGUGUUGUUCUGUGCAGAUCUCAAGAAAUUCCAAAAUCUGAAAGAAAGGCCGCAUUUGAGGAAGCCAAAGAAAGAGUCAGAAGGUGAAAGUAUGGUAACAUGCCAAAAAACAAAUAGGACUCUGCAAAAUGGAACUGUGAAGAAAAGGAAACCCGAGACAGCAUUUCACAAGAAGGCAAAAUUGAGUAGGUAGUAUAACACAUUUUUCUAAAUAAACAUUUUUGUAAAGUUUGUCUUAGUAACAUAUUUAGAGGAUGAGUUACUACAGUAAACCUCGGAUAUAUCGGACUCGGAUAUAUCGGAAAUUCGUUCACAAUGGACAGAUAAAAAAGAACCAAUUUUUCUGUAAUGCAUUUCCAAUAAAAAUUCAUUGCAUAUAUCGGAUUUUUUAUAACGGAUUUCGCCUAUUUCGGACAAAAUCUCCAGUGCCGUUCCAAUGCAUUUCCAUUAAAUUUCCCUCGCAUAUAUCGGAUGGCCGCAUCGUGGCGCUCCGAUUCGCCGAAUCGUGACAGGCCGCUAUACGACGUCAUUUGCAGCGUUUGCAGCGUUGCCUGCGCGCCCAGGUACAUUGGAAACAUAGUCAAGGAAGUGCCUUUUUAUAACGGAUAAAAUCCGAUUUACGCAUAUACCGGAUAUAAAUCCGAUAUAUGCGUAAAACGGACAUUUUCCGGUAUACGCAUAUAACGGAUUUCGCUUAUAUCGGACAAAACCAGUGGGAACAAUUGAAUCCGAUAUAUCCGAGGUUUACUGUACUUUUUAAUACUAAUAUUUAGCCUCAUGAUAUUUUGUAAAUGGAUGUCAUUAUGUAACUUGAAUGUCCCAUGAAUGUAAUAAUUCGGCACUGUGGUAAGUUUUGAAAUAAACA